AUGGUUGGGCAGUACGAUGAAAAUGUUUUACCUGAUAUGUUGCCUGUCUACUACACCAGACUAUUUCCACAAAAUAUAUUUUGUCGAUGGCUUGCGUGUGGAAACACCCCUCAGCCACUUUCAAACAGGGAAUUAUCAUUUACUUUAGCGGACGAUGUGUAUUUACGAUAUUUGUCUAUUAGUAAUCAAAAGGAACUUCAAACAUUAUUACAAAAGAAAUGUCCCCAUAAACUUGAUAUCGGUGCAGUUUACAAUACCAAGCCAUCUGUCGGCCGUCAUGAUGCAGUUGUACUUGCGAGAGAACUUGUUUUUGAUAUUGAUCUUACAGAUUAUGAUGAAGUGCGAACUUGUUGUCAAGAAGCUAAAGUAUGUGAUAAAUGUUGGAAAUUCAUGGUAGUAGCCUGUGAAAUCAUACAACUAGCAUUAAAAGAGGAUUUUGGUUUCCAAAAUAUUCUUUGGGUUUUUUCUGGAAGACGUGGUAUACAUUGCUGGGUUUCAGACUAUGAAGCAAGAACCCUUGAUAGCCCCGGUAGGGCUGCUGUUGCUGAUUAUCUUUGUCUCAUUAUGGGAGGUGAAAAUCGAAAUAAAAAAGUACAUUUAGGUAGUGACAACUUACAUUCUAGUAUCAGGAGAGCUCUGAGUGUAAUUGAUACAUACUUUGAAGAAAUCCUACAAGACCAAGGAUUCCUAUCCACAUUGGAAAGGUCAAAAGUUUUCUUAAAAAUGAUACCUGAUGAAACAUUAAGAAAACAAGUUCAAGAAAACUUAGAGAGGUUGCCAUCAUCAUCUCAAGAAAGAUGGGCGGCGUUUAUUGAUACAUACAACAAAUAUUGUAAAGAAAACAUGAAUGGAAUAAGAAAAAUGAAAUAUUUAGUAGAAGAAAUAAAAAUACAAUAUUGUUAUCCAAGACUUGAUGUGAAUGUAACAAAAGGGUUCAACCAUUUGUUAAAAUCUCCAUUCAGUAUACAUCCUAAGACUGGGAAAGUAUCCAUUGUAUUUAAGCCAGAACAUGCAAAAAACAUGAAAUUAGAAGAGAUCCCUACCAUUUACACACUCCUUGAUGAUAGUUCUUCAGAUAGUGUCCAACAUCAGACUAAUAUGAGAACAGCUGUGAAAAACUUUCAAGAGGUUGUAUUUAGCUUAGAAAAAUCUGAGGCAAGGAGAAGGAAAAAUGAUGCAAAUAUAUCCAUUGAUUUU